AUGGAUCUUCCAUUACCGACCUUUUCAUUCGCGAUCCCCUCAAUCCAUGAUGGCAAACAGCUGGAAUGUCGCAUCUAUCUCCCACCCGCAUUCCAAAAUAUAGAAUCAGCAACAGCUUGGGAAAACCGCGGCGCCAUCGUCGCACACCCAUACGCACCUUUGGGAGGCUGCUAUGACGAUCCUGUCGUGGGUUUCAUCGGCGGCGAGCUGUUACAUUCAGACUGCAUCGUCGGAACCUUCAAUUUCCGCGGAGCCGGGAACUCUGAAGGACGAACAAGCUGGACUGCCAAACCCGAGCUAGGAGAUUAUGUCUCAUUCUACGGGUUCAUGUUGAAGUAUCUUCAUCAAUUAAAGCUUGCAUUCUCCCCAAGUGACCAAGCAAACUCAUCCAAACUUCACAACACGGGCGAAGACGAAAGCCCAGAUGUACGUCUCGUCCUGGGCGGCUACUCCUACGGGUCCUUAAUCGCCUCCCACGUCCCAUCACUCGAAGUCAUGCUGGACAUUUUCCGAUCCGGGCCGACAUCAACCUCAGCCUCCACGCAUAAACCAACGCCAAAAUCCGAGAUAUGCAAAGCAUCAAUGCGGAUAGCUACAUCAACCCUGGAGAAAUUCCCAAUGACUCACAGUCACAGUCUAGCUGACAUCAACCCCACCGCUUUGACAACCUCCAUCUCCUACCUUCUCGUGUCUCCGCUCCUACCCCCAAUUAGCCACCUCCUAACCUCCUUCUCGACCUUAUCACUGAAUGUGAAAGCGGAUACUGGGAGUGAUACCCGCAUCCCCUGUCGUCCAGCAGACCAGCAGAGCACCCACCACACUCUAGCGCUCUUCGGCGACCAGGAUACAUUCACCUCUGCUGGGAAACUGGAGAGGUGGUCAGACGAAAUGGCGCACAUGCCGCGCAGUCAGUUCCAAUUUCGGAAAAUCGAUGGCGCGGGCCACUUUUGGCGCGAAGAUGGGGUUGAAAUGCGGGCAAGACAUGCGUUGAAGGUGUGGCUUGGUCAGAUAUGA